AUGAUUUCAUUAUUAUUAUGCUAAUUUUAAUAUUUUUAUACUUUCCUUAAGCUUAAUUUAAAAUAUUUAAUAAAAAACAAUACUAUUUAACUUAUCAAAUUAAUAUUUAGCAGCAAUAAAAUCUAAUAUGAAGGAGCACAUUAUUUGGCUUAAUAUCUUAAAAAAUGCCUAAAUUUAGAAAAAUUAUAACUAGACCUCUAUGGAAAUAAUAUUGAUUAAAAUGGAGUAUCUGAAUUAUUAGAAGUUUUAAAUUCAAUUUAAACAAUAAAAGACCUAGAAAUUUGGCUUGGAUAUAAUAAUAUAAGAGAUGAUUCAGUAUUUUCUUUAGGCAAAACAUUACAUAGAUUUAGCAAUUAGAUUACUAAAUUAACAAUCGGAUUGAGUGAAAAUGAGAUUAGUGAUGAAGGAGUCAAUGCAAUAGGUUUAGCUCUUAGAAACUGCAUUAGUCUUACAAAAUUAGGAUUAUUUUUAUAUAAAUGUAAAUUUGGUGAUAAAGGAGCAGUUAGUAUAGCUAUGGGUAUGAAAAAUUGCACUUAAAUAACAGAUUUAACGUUUAGCUUAUUUGGAAAUGAAAUUAGUCAUGAAGGGGCACAUGAAGUUAGCAUAAGUUUAAGCAACCUCAAAAAUCUUAGAAAUUUAAAUUUUGAGCUUGACAACAACAACAUAGGAGAUUAAGGAGCCAUAAGUAUUGCAACAGGUUUAACAAACUGCUCUUUGCUUGAAAAUUUAACUCUCAGUGUAUUCAAUAACAAAAUAACUAACUAAGGAUAUUUAAGAAUCGAUUAAUGUCUGCAGAGUUUAGCUAAUCUAUAAAUUUUAGAAUGUCAUUUAAUAAAAGAUGAAAGAUUAUUAAAAUCAAAGCAUAUUCUUGAAAGCAAAAAUAUUAAAGUCAUUGGUCUCUAUCUUUGGUGUGAGUAAGAAAAUGAAAGAAUUGCACAUAAAUAAAAAGCACUUAAAAUUUUAAGGCUAGUUUAAUUAAAAGUUGUUUGA